CCCUCCUGGGAGCCGCUGUCCCGGGCCUGGCCCGUGCGCGUCCGCCUGCUGCACCGGGGCACCAGGAGCCGCAGAGAGGUACGGGACCGGGCGGGGGUGCUGACCUCGGCCUCGGAGUCUUAGGAUCCCGGAGACCUCCGUGUCCGCUGGGGCCUGCAGGUCGCACGCCGAAGCCCUAGCUGCUGCCGCUCACCGCUGGUCCGCGCGGGGCGAGGUCAGGUGCCCCCCUUCCCUCCUCCCUUCUCUCCCUCCCCCACCUCGGUGCGGGCGGGAGAUCCUGCCCGCCUCCUCCCGCAGGGGUGCAGUAGGCUGCGGAGCUGACAGCGGCCCCACAGACACCCUGCCCAAACUCUCCGGAAGCAGCUAGAGCUCAGGCCGCCGAAGCCCCGACGGACCCACUGUUGGACCGGAGGCUCCGGUCCUUCUGCGCCCAAACUUGGAGCACUUGACCUUCGGUUGUCGGAGGGGGCAAGCCCGCAGGUGUCUACAUCAGGCGCAUGUUGACUGAGACCUACAGUCAUGGAUGUGUGCGCCCGUCUUGCCCUGUGGCUUCUUUGGGGGCUCCUCCUGCAUCAGGGCCAGAGCCUCAGCCAUAGUCACAGCGAGAAGAAUACAGGAGCCGGCUCCGGGACGACUUCAGAGGAGUCCACUGAAGCAGAGUUUUGCCGGAUUGACAAGCCCCUGUGCCACAGUGAGGAUGAGAAGCUCAGCUUUGAGGCUGUCCGCAACAUCCAUAAGCUGAUGGAUGAUGAUGCCAAUGGUGAUGUGGAUGUGGAAGAAAGUGAUGAGUUCCUAAGGGAAGACCUCAAUUACCAUGAUCCAACAGUAAAACACAGCACCUUCCAUGGUGAGGAUAAGCUUAUCAGCGUGGAGGACCUGUGGAAGGCGUGGAAGUCAUCAGAAGUAUACAACUGGACUGUGGAUGAAGUGAUACAGUGGCUGAUUACAUACGUGGAGCUGCCUCAGUAUGAGGAGACCUUCCGGAAGUUGCAGCUUACUGGCCAUGCCAUGCCAAGGCUAGCUGUAACCAACACCACCAUGACAGGGACUGUACUGAAGAUGACAGAUCGGAGCCACAGGCAAAAGCUACAGCUGAAGGCCCUGGACACAGUGCUCUUUGGGCCUCCUCUCUUGACUCGACAUAAUCACCUCAAGGACUUCAUGCUGGUGGUAUCUAUUGUUAUUGGCGUGGGUGGCUGCUGGUUUGCCUAUAUUCAGAACCGCUACUCUAAGGAGCACAUGAAGAAGAUGAUGAAGGAUCUGGAAGGGUUACACCGAGCCGAACAGAGUCUGCAUGACCUUCAGGAAAGGCUGCACAAGGCCCAGGAGGAGCACCGCACAGUGGAAGUGGAGAAGGUCCAUCUGGAGAAGAAGCUGCGUGAUGAGAUCAACCUUGCCAAGCAGGAAGCUCAGCGGCUGAAGGAGCUGAGGGAGGGUACUGAGAAUGAGAGGAGCCGCCAAAAAUACGCUGAGGAAGAGCUGGAGCAGGUUCGGGAGGCCUUGAGGAAAGCAGAGAAGGAGCUGGAAUCACACAGCUCCUGGUAUGCUCCUGAGGCCCUUCAGAAGUGGCUGCAGCUGACACAUGAGGUGGAGGUGCAGUACUACAACAUCAAGAAGCAAAAUGCCGAGAAGCAGCUGCUGGUGGCCAAGGAGGGGGCUGAGAAAAUAAAAAAGAAGAGAAACACGCUGUUUGGUACCUUCCAUGUGGCCCACAGCUCCUCCCUGGAUGAUGUGGAUCAUAAGAUCUUAACUGCUAAGCAAGCACUAAGUGAGGUGACAGCAGCACUGAGGGAGCGCCUGCACCGGUGGCAGCAGAUCGAGAUCCUCUGUGGCUUCCAGAUUGUCAAUAACCCUGGCAUCCACUCCCUGGUGGCCGCCCUCAACAUAGACCCCAGCUGGAUGGGCAGUACUCGCCCUAACCCUGCUCACUUCAUCAUGACCGACGACGUGGAUGACAUGGAUGAGGAGAUUGUAUCACCCUUGUCCAUGCAGUAUGCUGCCUGGCUGAUGGGGCGUAGGUUCAGUGACCGCUCUCUCUGCUCUACAUCCGCCGGCUCGGAUGAUCAAUCCCUCUGGAAAUACCCGGCCCCCAGCCUGCAGAGCAGUGUUCGACAGCGCCUGACGGAGCCACAGCAUGGCCUGGGAUCUCAGAGGGAUUUGACCCAUUCCGAUUCGGAGUCCUCCCUCCACAUGAGUGACCGCCAGCGUGUGGCUCCCAAGCCUCCUCAGAUGGGCCGUGCUGCAGAUGAGGCUCUCAAUGCCAUGCCUUCCAAUGGCAGCCAUCGGCUGAUUGAGGGGGUCCAUCCAGGAUCUCUGGUGGAGAAACUGCCUGACAGCCCUGCUCUGGCCAAGAAGGCAUUGCUGGCGCUGAACCAUGGCCUAGACAAGGCCCACAGCCUGAUGGAGCUGAACCCUUCAGGCCCACCUGGUGGCUCCCCACUUUUGGAUUCUUCCCAUUCUCAUAGCCCCAGUUCCCCAGACCCAGACACACCAUCACCAGUUGGGGACAACCGAGCCCUGCAGGGUAGCCGAAACACACGAAUUCCCCACUUGGCAGGGAAGAAGGCUGUAGCUGAGGAGGAUAAUGGUUCUAUUGGUGAGGAGACAGACUCUAGCCCAGGCAGGAAGAAGUUUCCCCUCAAAAUUUUUAAGAAGCCUCUUAAGAAGUAGGCAGGAUAGGUUGGCAGUGUUGAGACAGCCCGU